AUGUAUUUACGUGACAGUUACGUCGUAAAUAUAAUACAAAUUCAGUACAAAGCAGGUGCAUCGCAUUUUUGGUCGGAAAUAUUUAAACUACUGGAUUGUUUGGCAAUUCCGGAGAAAUCCGGCGAAGCUUACCCGGGUAAACUAUCCGUAAAGUCGGACCUGAGUCCUGUUUUCGGUAAAUUCGAGCCGCAUCCUGCAGCGGGUUUCAACAUGGGCUACCUCAUGGCGCCGUACCCCUACCCCAAUGGUGGGGCGCAUCCCCUACCCGUCGCAAUGACGGGGAAGAUGGGCCUCCCCGCAGGUGGCAGCCUGUCGCUUUUCUGUCCGGGUGGCGAGCUCGGUCAGCCUCCGCCCGCCCAUAUGGGGAUCCCACCGCCCUACCAGCUAGACUCCAAACUUGCGCUUGUUGCAGCGGCGGGGUUGGCGCGGACGCCCAUGUACCCGUUCCCUGGGGGUACCUACCCCUACCCCAUGCUCAGCCCCGAGAUGUCGCAAGUUGCAGCAUCAUGGCAUACGCCAAGCAUGUACCCCAUAUCGUCAGCGGCGAGCGGUUUCAGAAGUCCGUACCCCACGUCACUGCCCAUCUCCAGUUCUAGUCUAUCGAGUGAGUUGUACCGGUUUUCCCCAACGCUGGGCGGUGGCCUUGGCUUGGGCCUAGGACCUGCGCUCGUACCUCCUCCCCCUUCCAAGUCAGACCUUGAUUCGCAUCACAGAUACGCAAGAUCGCUUGAGAAAGGCAGCAGCAGCUCUUCAAGUGACAAACCAGCUGACAGUUCAGCGAAUUCGAACAAUAAGGAACAAAACAAAAAACCUCACAUAAAGAAACCUUUAAAUGCCUUUAUGCUGUACAUGAAGGAAAUGAGAGCUAAGGUAGUAGCAGAGUGCACCCUCAAGGAAUCAGCCGCCAUCAACCAGAUACUGGGCAGACGGUGGCAUUCGUUGAGUCGCGAGGAACAAGCAAAGUACUAUGAGAAAGCGAGACAGGAGAGACAGCUUCAUAUGCAGCUGUACCCCGGUUGGAGCGCGCGAGACAACUACGGUUACGGGUCCAAAAAGAAAAAGCGGAAAAAGGACCGCAGUCCCGCUGAACUGGGAGCACCUGCGUUAGGGUCGCGCGGACUAACGCCAGCCGGUCCUGGUCCACCGUCGAAGUGCAUUUCUCUCUUUUCUUUCCAUAUUGCGGCGUCUGUUGACACGGUACAGUGGCAUGCGCUUGGCCGCGAGGAGCAAGCCAAGUAUUACGAGCUGGCGCGCCGUGAACGCCAGCUACACAUGCAACUGUAUCCCGAUUGGUCGUCUAGGGCUAAUACGCAAAGGGGCAAGAAGAGGAAACGAAAACAGGAGACAACCGAUGGAGGAAAUAAUUUGAAGAAAUGUCGAGCGAGAUACGGUCUCGACCAACAGAAUCAAUGGUGCAAACCUUGCAGGCGGAAGAAAAAGUGCGUACGCUACAUGGAAGCCCUGGCGGCGGCGUCGGGGUCGGUCCCCCUCGCGAUGGCGACCCCGCAGUCGCCCUGCUCUGAGGAGGACGUGAAGCUGGAGGAGAUGUCGGACGCGUCGGACGACGACGCCGACACGCCGCUCAACUCGGCGUCGAGCCCGGGCGGGCUGAGCGCGCUGUCGUCGCUGGCGUCGCCCGCGUCCGAGCCGCCGCCCGCGCCGCGCCACCCGGUCGGCACCAACCCGCGCGACGCCAACAACCCGCUGUCCGUCGGCCAGCUCACCUCCCAGACCUGGCCCCGCGCCGCCCCGCGACCCCCCCACGAGGCCAUCUCCGUCUCGUAG